CCGCUCUACUACCUGUUCUGCUUCGGCACGGAGCUGGGCAACGAGCUCUUCUACAUCCUGUUCUUCCCCUUCUGGAUCUGGAACCUGGACGCCCUGGUGGGCCGGAGGCUGGUGAUCAUCUGGGUGCUGGUCAUGUACCUGGGCCAGUGCACCAAGGACAUCGUCCGCUGGCCGCGGCCCGCCUCGCCGCCCGUGGUCAAGCUGGAGGUCUUCUACAACUCCGAGUACAGCAUGCCCUCCACCCACGCCAUGUCCGGCACCGCCAUCCCCAUCGUCUUGGUCCUCCUCACCUAUGGCCGCUGGCAGUAUCCUCUUAUCUAUGGACUGAUCCUUAUUCCCUGCUGGUGUUCCCUAGUUUGCCUAAGUAGAAUUUACAUGGGAAUGCACUCCAUUCUGGAUAUUAUUGCUGGAUUCCUAUAUACCAUUUUAAUCUUAGCUAUCUUCUAUCCAUUUGUGGACCUGAUCGACAACUUCAACCAAACUCACAAAUAUGCUCCAUUAAUCAUCAUUGGGCUUCACUUAGCCUUGGGGAUCUUUUCCUUCACUCUUGACACCUGGAGUACAUCCCGAGGAGACACAGCUGAGAUUCUAGGAAGUGGUGCUGGAAUUGCAUGUGGCUCUCAUGUUACCUAUAACAUGGGUCUAAUGUUAGAUCCUCCUCUGGAUACGUUACCUUUAGUUAGGCCCCCCAUUACUGUGACUCUCCUUGGAAAAGCCAUGUUGCGUAUCCUUGUAGGGAUGGUAUUUGUACUACUAGUCAGAAUAAUAAUGAAAAAGCUCACCAUUCCUUUAGCCUGUAAAAUCUUCAAUAUACCAUGUGAUGAUGUUCGAAAAGCAAGACAGCACAUGGAAGUUGAACUCCCUUAUCGGUACAUUACCUAUGGAAUGGUUGGUUUCUCUAUUGCAUUUUUGGCUCCUUACAUAUUUUCCUUUAUUGGUAUCUCUUGAUGGAGAAACAUUGUUUACGAUAAGAAAGAAGGGUGUCAGUUACUGAUCUCUAAAAAUAUAUUCUAGUUAAAAGCCAAAUCAGAGUUAGGCUUUUGCAGGAAUUUAACUUAAAUAAUUAAGUAAAUUCAUGAGUUCGUGCAUUUUACCAUUGCACAUCCAGAUAUUGUUUAGGUGAGCUGAGCUAUUUCAACACUGAAAAUAUGAUUAGUAUUCAUGUAGACUGUUCAUGUAAUAUUUGGAGAGUUUUGUGCUGUUAUGGAUUCAAGAUAUAAUAUAUAUUAAGGUACAUAAUAUACAAUUAUGUAUCUAAUAUAUGUUAUAUAUAAAAUAAUACAGCUACAUUUUUAAACUGGGGGGGAUGUAUUAUAAAGUCAAUAAUAAAUAUGCAAACAGUUGUGCCUGUGUAUUUGGACUUAAUACAGGCAUGUUCUUAUUACAGAUAUAUUUAAUGUUUACUUACUAUGGGAGCCAUUUCCUAAUUAAUGCAUAAUUACUAGACCAGAAUUCAUAUGCUACCACAUAUUAAUUUAUGCCUCAUUUUACACUGCCAUCAUGUUACCCAUGAUGUUAAAUAUGGGAGGCAUUUUAUUGGACCAAAUUUUCAGAAAAAUUAGUUUUUGGAUUCCUUUUCCCCCCAGUUCUGUACUGUCUUGAAUGUACUUUAUUUGCAAUUGUUCUGAACAUCAGUUUAAUAAUUCAGGUACUGAAUUUUAUUGCUUGCUAAUUGUGCCUUUCUGUUUGCCGUAUAAGAAAUGCCAUGUAUACUGUGAUAUAAAAAUAAGAUGCUAACUUAAUCUUAACUUACAUGUAAUCGGGCAAAUAUUUUUAAAAUAUGUUAAGCUAACAGGGCUAGAAGUAAAACACCCUCAAUUCUUUAGCCUUUGUUUAGAAAGAAAUGUGGAAUGGGCUAAACCUUCUCACUAAUUUAUUGGGAAACUAAAUGGACAAAUAUUUCCAUUUUUGUAAGUAUUUUUCUGUGCACUGUAAGUUAUAGGAAUAAGAUAUAUUUUUUGUACAUUGUCUUGAUUGUUUAUACUACAGGUAGAUGUUUCCAGUUAAUGGAAAAGUAAUUGAAAUUUAUAGAUGGGACAAUGCACAAGCUUCAGAUAUAAACAAACCAUUUUUCUAAAUUAUUUGGAAAGGAUUGGGUGUAGCGGUUACCUUUUAAUACUGACUUAUUAGUUACUUAAGGUAAAUUAUAAAAUCAAAAAGUAUCAGUAUUUAGAUCCUAUUUUUUUUUCAAAUUUUCAGAGGAAAAUUUGAUAUAGUAUUAAACUAUUCUUUAUUCUGUCUGUGCCUUUAUAUUUUUGAAGUGUAAUUAUAAUUAGGUUAACAUUACGUUUAUUUGUAGUAAGUUUUUCAUAAAGAAGAGAGUUAACUUUCCAUAAAUGAGCAUCAGGUAUGGAAUUACUUUAGUGCAAUAUCUGAUUAUCCAGAAGUAUCCUUUAAGAUGUUUCUAUUUUGGGCAGUAUAACUAUUAAAGCUCAUAUUUUUAUAAUUCUGAUCGAGAAUUUAGAGACAUGGUAAUUUUUACCAAUACUGAAUGUGAUCAUUUUAAAUAAAGCAACCAAAUUUGGGACCUUUAUCUAUUAAUAGGCAACCAAUGCACUUGGGAACAUAUUGGUAUGUUGGAAAACAUUUAAAGAACUUUUCUUUCAAAAUGUGUUUAAUGAAUCAAAUUUUAGGGACUAUUUCCUAUAAUUUGGGUCCAUGCUAUCUUAUUAAUUUUUAUAUCUA